AUGGCCACGGCCACUGCGCGCGCCCAAGAGGCCGACGCCGAUCCCGCCAGCGACGUCUCGCUCGGCCAGAAGAUGCUGUCUGCCGUCUCGGGCAGCCUGCUCACCUCUCUACUAGUCACUCCGCUCGAUGUCGUCCGCGUACGGUUACAGUCGCAGGAGUCGGUUUCAACCGCCCCGUCACGGCAAUCCCCCGCCACUGGCUCAACACUGGCUCAAUUCCGCCAUGUGCCUCCCAAUCUCGGCAUAUCGGCGUGCUGUCGCGAAGUUUUCUGGAUGAACAACAAGGCGCCCUUCUGCGUAGCAGGCCCGACCAUGGCACCCAUCAACCCCGCAGACCUCAACUGCGCCGUAGAAGAGGUGGAGCGCAGAACCAUCAACAGUACUUGGGACGGAUUGCGCAAGAUCGCCCAGAACGAAGGGCCGCGCACGCUCUGGCGGGGCCUAUCUCCCACGCUGGUCAUGACGGUCCCAGCCAACGUCAUCUACUUUGCCGGAUACGAUUGGCUGCGCACAGCCAAUGCAUCACCAUUACGGCAGAACAUUGCUGAUCCAUACAUACCCCUCGUGGCCGGCGCGACUGCCCGCGUACUCGCUGCCAUCGCCGUCAGCCCCAUUGAAAUGUUCCGCACCAGAAUGCAGGCUGCCCAUCACCCGGCCUCGGCGGCUGGCCAUUUCCGCGAAACACUGGACGGCCUCCGGACCAUGGUUGCCGACCAAGGUGUCUUAAGUUUGUGGAGAGGCCUCACAUUGACCCUUUGGCGCGACGUGCCCUUUUCCGCCAUCUACUGGUGGGGCUACGAAACCACACGCAACGCCUUGACAGAUCAACGAGGAAGGAGGCAGGCAAGAGAUGGCGGCUUUGAAUUCCGCAUGGGUCGCGGCGAGCAAAUGACACAGAGACGAAGCCGGUCCAGGAGCCAGGAAAACCACCGCGAUACCUUGGUUGAUAGCUUCGUCGCUGGUGCCGCAUCAGGAGCAGUCGCUGCGUUUGUCACUACGCCGUUUGACGUGGGCAAGACACGACAGCAAGUUGUGCGCCACGUGGGUGACGCUGCACGCGACGCUGCCAGGUCCACACGCCCAGAGGACAAGUCUAUACCACGCUUCCUGAUGCACAUCUACCAUGAGCAAGGCAUGCCUGGGCUAUUCAAGGGCUGGGCUGCCCGGUGCUUGAAGAUCGCCCCAGCCUGUGCCAUCAUGAUCAGCUGCUACGAAUUCAGCAAGAAGAUAGCCCUCGACAUGAACGAACGAAGAGAACACGAACGACACCAAGCUUGAGCCCGGCCUUGCGCUGUUGUAUACACACCCACGGCUCAUGUAAUUACUUUGACAUUUCACGGCGGCGUAUGGAGGCAUGGCGGAUCAACCCCCUCUCGGUUGCAUUAACGGCGUUUGUCGCAAAAGGGGCGACUUGUACUAUGACAAAAAAGUUCCGGUCAAUGUCUACGGACAUGUGACUUGUAUUAUGAGGUGGUAUUGUAGAAAUUACGACUUUUGG